AUGAUUGAGGUUGAUGAGGAUGCCGGGGAGGUGUAUUUCCAUAUUCCCUCGCCCAGUUUGUCUUCGUAUGCUGUCAGAUACUCUUUCAAGGCGCCGCUUCCCACGUCGAAGGUACUGGUCGGAAAAGAAGAGGCUGAGGAGGAGGAUGAACAGCCUGAUGGUGAAGCGACUCGGCAGAAAGUCCAUUCAUACGAGGAGGCUCAAGGGCCUGAGAUUACGUUCAAUGCGGGUAUCUCUGGCAAUCUCCGACGCUCUUUUCGUCAGGUCCGAUUUCAGAUUGAGGGAGGAGAAAUAGAGACGCGAGCUGUUCCUCUGCCCCUGUUCAUUGCAGCAAGAGACAUCAGUUUGGGCGCCGGCGUAGCUCAACGCUUUGGAGAUGUCGCGAGCAUGAAAGGUAUUCUGGCCAAACGCCCUUUUGCAUUUCUGCGAGACUCGGCCUUUGCGUUGAACGCGGCACUCCUGCCGACUCCGUUGUUGCAGGCAACCAUUGUCAAAGCAAUUCAGCCCAUUCCUGGGACGCAACCGUUCCACGUCAACGCGAGCGCCAUUGUCACCAACUCGCUCCUAAAAACGCCACCGAUGCUUGGACUACAUGUGACAAAGGAGAUUGGUGAAAGGAAGCACGCCUUCUGCUCUUGGUCCAGCGGUACCAUCCUCUGGCCAGAGGUGCUGAAGGUUUUAUUCAGUCCGAUUGCCCGCCUUGACCUCGAUCCAGAGUCGGCCAUGUCAAUGACCGCUUUUGUCCAACAGAGUCAAUUCCAGUUGGGAUUCCUCUCUGUUCCCAAGCAAACCAGGAAUACAAUGGUGAUGGAUGACGACGAUGACGAGGCGGAGGAGGAGGAUGAAGAGGAGGCUGGAUUUAGACAGAUCCGCAAGAAGGCGCGCAGCGAGGCAGAUGCUGCCGAGUCCUGGCAGACGGUGGUCACUGCAUCACCUGAAGGAGCAGGACUGUCCCUCGCAUAUGCUCGGAAUGUCUUCAAUGGCAAGGCAGCCAGCGAGCUUGCUCGCUCCGAGUGGAGCUCCGAGGGCCAUUAUUCUUUGCCGUCCGCGAGCGAGCCUCGGUCUGUGCGAGUUGAGGUCCGGAGCACGGUGAAUAUGGACCUGUCCCUAGCCUGGAACAUUUCGGGCACGCGCCAGGUAGGCAGAUUCACCCGCAUGGGCUUCGGAGUUGGUGUCGAAGGAGGCCGUGGCCUCGUCAUGACAGCCUCAUGGAGCAGACUCGGGCAGAAGAUCAGCCUCCCCAUUGCGGUCUGUCCGAUGGAUGUCGUUAAUGCAGAUGCCGCGGCGCUUGCAGUCAUCUUCCCCUGGGUGGCUUACUGCGCACUUGAAUUCGGAUACAUCCGCCCUAGAGAACGGAGGCAGCGUCGCCGCGCCAUUGCUCGGCGGCAAAAGCAGCUGAAGAGGUUGAUUCCGAAGAAGAGAGCAGAAAGUCAACAGGCAAUCGAACUCAUGGCCGAACAAGUACACCGCCGGCAAGCGCGGGAAGAAGAGCAAGGUGGUCUGGUCAUCACCAAAGCUGAAUACGGCCAUUACCCAUCGCCGAAGAAGUGGGCAAAUGACAGCGCUAAGGAUUUGGAGAUCGCUGAUGUGACGAUUCCGGUGGCUGCGUUGGUGGAUCGCGGCCAGCUGGUGAUAACAAAGGACAUUGUCAAGUUCCAAAUUCUUGGCUUCUACGAUCCCGCGCCUCUUCUCCCGAAGAAGCUGAAGAUUUGGUAUACUUAUCACGGAAAAGAGCAUUUCGUGGAAGCAAACGAUUCGGAGGGCGUUGCAUGUCCUAUGCGCGCGCAUCUGCUUGGUUGA